UCUGCUGCCAUAGCUCGCAUCAGGCGCUACUCAGAGGCGAUGACACUGCCAGACUCUUUCAUCCAGCGCCAGCAGCUGGAUGCCAGCAUGGCUGACACAUUCCUGGAGCAUCUCUGUCUGCUGGACAUCGACCAGGAGCCAAUCACAGCGCGCAACACCAGCAUAAUCUGCACCAUCGGUCCUGCAUCUCGAUCAAUCCCCAAACUCCAGGAGAUGGUCAAGGCCGGAAUGAAUAUCGCUCGUUUGAAUUUCUCUCACGGCUCUCACGAAUACCAUGGCGAAACCAUCAAAAACAUCCGGGAGGCGGUCGAAACGAUAACCUCUGAUCCCUUGUAUUAUCGGCCGGUUGCCAUCGCCUUGGAUACGAAGGGUCCAGAGAUCCGCACCGGAUUAGUGAAAGGGAAAGUGGAUGAGGAGGUGGAGCUGGUAAAGGGCAGCCAUGUCCGUGUGGUGACAGCAGAGAGUGACAAAGACAAGACAGACGGGAAGAUAGUCUGGGUGGACUAUCCCAGUCUGCCCAAAGUCAUCGAGAAGGGAGGCAAGAUCUACAUUGAUGACGGCCUCAUUGGGCUCAAAGUACUAGAAACAGGUUCUGACUGGGUGGAUACGGUGGUGGAGUCUGGCGGGACACUGUGCAGCCGCAAAGGCGUUAACCUCCCCGGCUGCGACCUGAUCGGCCUGCAGGCGGUCAGCGAGCGAGACGAGGCUGACCUGAGGUUCGGGGUGGCGCAGGGCGUGGACAUGGUGUUUGCCAGCUUCAUCCGCUCUGCCCAGGAUGUCAAAGACGUGCGGCGAGUUCUGGGCCCACACGGACGAGACAUCAAAGUGAUCAGCAAGGUGGAAAGCCGGCAAGGGGUUCAGAAUUUUGAGGAGAUCCUAUCUGAGAGCGACGGCGUGAUGGUUGCCAGGGGCGACCUGGGGAUCGAGAUCCCGGCGGAGAAAGUCUUCAUCGCCCAGAAGAUGAUGAUUGGACGCUGCAACUCUGCCGGCAAGCCCGUCAUCUGUGCCACACAGAUGCUGGAGAGCAUGGUGGCCCACCCGCGGCCAACCAGAGCGGAGGGCAGUGACGUCGCCAACGCCGUGCUGGAUGGAGCCGACUGUGUAAUGUUAUCUGGGGAGACCGCCAAGGGACUGUUUCCUGUGGAGGCCGUCGCAAUGAUGCACUCGAUCUGCAGGGAGGCAGAGGCGGCCAUUUUCCACCAGCAGUUGUUCGAGGAGUUGCGCCGCCUCACUCCUCUCUCCUCCGACCCCACGGAGGUCACAGCCAUCGGAGCUGUGGAGUCCUCCUUCAAAUGCUGUGCUGGGGCCAUCGUAGUCCUCACCACCAGUGGCAGGGCGGCCCAUCUCCUGUCCAGGUACCGCCCUCGCUGUCCUAUUAUUGCCAUCACCAGAAGCCCUCAGGUGGCCCGUCAGUCACAGCUGUUAAGAGGAGUGUUUCCUGUCCUCUUCCACCCACUGCCUGCUCCUGUCUGGGCCGACGAUGUUGACAACAGGGUCAACUUUGGCAUGGAUAUAGGGAAAGCAAGAGGAUUCUUCAAGUCAGGCGACAUGGUGAUCGUGGUGACAGGCUGGAUCCCAGGGUCCGGUCACACCAACAUUAUGAGGGCAGUCAGUGUCCCGUAACAACCUGACCC